AUGACCCGCCCUCUCAACGACUACGACAACAUCGCCAUUGCUGAGAUUGUCAUCUACGCAUUCAUCUUCAUUGGUGCUCUAGUCCUCUGCAAAAACCAUGGAUUUGGUCGCAACGCCGGCUGGUUCUAUCUCGUCAUUCUCUCCCUCGCUCGUCUCAUAGGAUCUUCCCUCCUCCUUGCCACUGUCAAUGAUCCCAGCAACACUAGCCUCUACAUUGGCUGGCUCACUCUCAAUGGCAUUGGCCUGGGUCCUCUCAUCCUUACACUGCUGGGCCUCCUGAGCCGCUCCUUCGACUCGAUGAGCCGCAAGGGCCAUGUCGUUGUGAAGCCAAUCCACCAGCGCGCCAUCCAGUUGCUGAUGCUGGUUGCCAUUAUCCUCCUCGCUGUUGGUGGCUCUAACUCCAACUACACACUCAAUGCCGGAGCGCCCAAGAUCCAGUACAGCACCGAGAGCAAGGUCGGCGUUGUCCUCAUGAUCGUCGUCAUGGUACUCCUUGUGCUUCAGACCGUGCUCGCCUUCAGAAACCAAGGCUACAUCUCCCAGGGCGAGCACCGUCUCCUGAUUGCCAUCACUGCAUCUCUGCCAUUUGUCAUUGUUCGCCUCGCUUAUACCUGCCUCCUCAUCCUGGGUGGUCACAAGCAGACAGUCUGGACGUACCUUGGUGCUGGUGUCAUCAUGGAGAUAAUGGUUGCUAUCAUUUGUGAGGCUGUUGGCUUCACUCUCGACAAGGUGCCUGAGCCGGCCAAGUACGAUGAGGUUCCUAUGAAGCCUCGCGGUUCAACUGGCUCUGCCCAGAGAGUAUAA